UAAGCCCCGCGAUAAUGUUUUCCCGGAGUUGCUAGUGCUGACUCAGCGGAUAAGCACACGUGGGUCUGAUCGGGCUCGGAGUCUCGGGACGAUGAAGUCAUCGCCGGCUGAAACUCCCCAGAUUUUUAAUCCCUUGUUUAAUACUUGUUCUGUUCGUGUGCACUUUCGGUUUCGUUUUUUCUGUAUAGUCCUCAAUAAAUUGUUUGUUCAAUGGCAUCGUCAAAAGCUUCUGAGUCGCUCAUUAACCAGCAUCCUCUCCAGAGACUGCCAAGUCCCUCGAGAGGUGUUUCUGCUAUUGUUCAUUGGACUGGUCUUGCAAGCUUUAUAUGGUCUUUUAAUUUUAUGAUCGAGAAUCCAAACCAUGCGAACGAGGCAUACGGUUGGCAUUUUCAAUAUUUGACUGUUAUUGGCCUUACGCUGGCGACAGUCACCUUCGCGAUCGGUCUCCUUGCCGAUAUAACGCUCUCUCCGCGAUUGUUUCUGGCAAAAAAUCUUCUUUCGAUCUGCAGUACUCCUCUGGAAGUGCUCAUUAGCAUUCUGUACUGGGGUCUCCGUUUGAUUGAUACACGCUUGGUUAUCCCAGACUGGGCAUAUAUUCCUCUCAAUGCCGAUCUUAGCUUUCACGCGGUGCCCGCCAUUGUGAUGCUGAUCGACCUACUAUUGCUCUCGCCUCCUUGGACCAUCACGAUUUUCCCAGCUAUCGGGUUGUCAAGCACUAUCGCCUUUGGCUAUUGGUUUUGGAUAGAGAGAUGCUACGCACACAAUGGAUGGUACCCGUAUCCCAUCUUCGAGCGGUUGCCCACUGAAGGCCGGAUUGGUCUGUUCGCUCUUAGCGCUGUGGUAAUGGCAUUCAGCACUAGCACAUUGAAGUGGCUCUAUGGUCGGGUCAAUGGAUAUGGCACGUCUACCCGCGCGACUUCUCGACCCGGAGCUGUCAAACAGAAUGGCGGUCUGUAGGUCCGCCUUCCUCUAGUCUUUUUAACUGAAGGAGCCGGACAUUGAGUGUCGUUUUGCCGUUUCCUCAAAGUCCAUGGAGAGCAUGGGAGCAUAUAAACCGACCAGCAACAUAUAUAAGUUUUUGACGAUCUGUAUCAUUGUAGAUGGAUAUAACGACGAUGGAAAUACACCGUACAUCACUGUAUAGCAUGUCGUCACAUAUUGCAUGUAGUCAAUUCUCCGCUGGAAUUACGGAGGUGUCUUCUCAAUGAAAUGCACGCGGUUCUUGUCCAUAUGAUCCUAAAGUAUUUGGUAGUACUUAAGCUGAGCACGGACUCGGUCGUUAUCCACUCAUUAUGCGUAAACAAAAUAGCAGGCCUAACAGUCCAGAAUUAGAGAGGGAGAAAAAUA